AUGUCUACAACCCUAUCAACAGAAUCCUUCGACCUGACCAAAGUCACCAUCCUCCCAGACCUGACGCCCAAACAACUCGCUAUAGCGAUGAUUAACGAUGACCCGGAAGACUUCCUGCGAGGGAUGGUGGUUUACAAGAUUGAGCCCAUCCCCUCCGCCAGACUCGGCGCAGCCUCGUCCCUCAAGUACGAACUGAAAUACAACUUUCGCAUACAAGUCCCCUCCGUCUGGCUCGCGGACUGGAAAGACUGUGAUGCUUUCGUGGCGGGAAUUCCGCCAGGCGUUGAGUGUCCAAUCAAGACGCAGCUGGGGAGGUAUACCGUGACGAAAGUUGAGAGGCCGCAAAGUGAAGAUGGUGUGAGGGAUAAGAUUGCGAGGGUGGUGUCUGGAGUGUAUGUGGGGAGUAAGCAUGCUGUCGUUGACCUGAGAGAUAGUGUUGCGUUUCGGUGUGGGUUUAGACAGGUGCAGGAGAUUGAGGGUCGGGGAGGGUAG